AAACCGAUUGCUGCAGAGGUAAUUUUGCAUGAACCAGAGUUGACAAUAUCUCCAUAGAGCCGCAAGCUGAAACGCUCAGAGCGUCUUCGUCGGUAUACUAUCCUCAUGCACAUUUCCGAAAAUUAUGGAGCGAGCACUCUACUUGCACAAGGGGCCCUUCCUGCACAGUCCAUCGUUCAAACAGAGUCGUACCUAUCGCCCUUCAUAUCUCAAGCGUGAUGACAUCACAAAUGCCGGAAAAUAUAAGCACAUGCAGUUCCGUUCUUGAAGAUGGCUGUCCCAGUAAGAGCAACUGAUCUGUCAACUGUCAUGUCCAAGAAUCAACAGUGGCCACGUUUCACUCAAAUCAGAGAGUGCAGACAAAAUCGGAACGGACUGCUCUUGAAUUGCAGUUUACGGGAGCUUCAAUACUGCCGAGUGAUACGAAACCACUUCCUCCUUGGCCAUAUCUUAUCAAUUCCGACUCGCUGCCUUCGUUAAAAGAAGUCAGGCUUUUGAAACCGCAGUCUAAAGACAUCCGGGAGAGAUCCACUACUCCCGAAUGCAAAAACGCACAUGACGUGAAAAACAACUGGUUUUGACAAGCAGACUACGACAUUAACAUCCUCUGCUGAUGAAUUCCGUCGAGAAACAUGAUAUACAAUGAUCUCAUCUAAAUCCGUGACCUACGAGCCCGGUCGGAUGUGGAGUCGUCGUCCUGGGCGAUAUUAGUUGAUAUCAGCCGUCCAGAUUUGGCAUCGAGGGUGGUGAUCCAUCCUACGCUGGAUUAGGGUUAGGGUUUGGCUUGGUACAUGUGGGACUCCACAGGGUUUUAGCCAAGGGAGGUUGACGAUGCAGGGUUUAGCUCUCUUCGGCUUUGAAAGGAUUCUGUGCGGGGUUGAGGAGUACGCGCGAAACGAGAAUUGGCAGACGGGGGACUCGGUGUGUGGGGCAGAGUUCGUAUCACGAAUUCGAAAUUGAUGAACUUACAGGAAAUCAAUGUGAGCAGCGAUCUGUUUCUAAGGAGAAAGUCGUUCAUGGCAUGAAUUCUUAGACUUGGGCACGAUGAACCGGGUGGUAAAACCCCUUGGAAAUGGUGUAAACAAAGAGCCGAGUAAGGGAAUGAAGACGAAGCCAGCUGAAUUUGAUCCCGGUGCAGAGGAAGCGCUUAACAGAUUGAAAUGUUCUGAUGCAAUCGAUUGGCUGGGUGCCUCACCUGCAUUAGUAGACUGUGCGAAGCAGGCCUCAGAGGGUUUAUUCUCCCUCACUGCGAGCAACUUCGAUAAAGCACCUCUGAGAAAAUUAUACACCGAUAGAUUCGAUGCCGAACAGAUUUGGCAACAGAUUGAUCUUCAGUCCCUUCCAGUGCUGUCUUACAUUCGUCGCAGAGUGAAAAUUCUCGAGAAGGUUUCAGUCGACAAUUAUUUUGUAUUGCCAGAAGAUUUGUCCGAACAAAGGAAGAAACACGUGCAGGAUGACGAUAAGGAAAGAGAAACGGAAUUCGCAAAUGGCGCGCAUUCAGCUUCCGAAGAUGAAGACGAAGGGAAGUCAGAUGGAUCGGACGAGGACCUGGACGGACUCGAGGGAAUUUCAGGUUCUGAAGAAGAGGACGACGAAGACGAAGAGCAGGGUGCACCAAAGAACCCCGUUGAAGAUGAUUUUUUCAAAAUUAGCGAAAUGGAGAACUUUUUGGAUAAAGCUGAUGCUGAUGAGAAUGGUCUUCCUUCACCUUCUGGUACUGAUGGAGAGGAAGAUGAUGAAGACGAAGACGACGUAGAAGCUGCCGAAGCUGGUUUUAGUGAAGAAGAUGAUGAAGAUGAUGAGGAGGAUGGUGGAGGCAAGGAAUUAGGACUUGGAAAAUACGAAGAAUUUUUUGGCAAAGAUAAGAAGCGGAAGGUGAAGUUCGAUCUCGAUGAUCGAAACGAAGUAGACGACAGUGACAAUGAAGACGGAUCGGGCGAAGGGGACAUGAUUUCUGGUGAUAAAGAAAUUCUGCUAGCACAGGAGGAGAAUCUCUCAGCUCACGAGAAACGUCUAUUGAAGGCUAAGAAACGAAUUGAGUAUUUCGAAAAAGCCAACAUUGAUCCGAAGGAUUGGACGCAGCAAGGAGAGGUGACAGCUAAGAAGAGACCGAAGAACAGUGCUUUGGAGGUGGAGCUCGAUUUUGAUCACAAUGCCCGUCCACCCCCUGUCAUCACGGAGGAAGUCACAGCAUCAUUGGAGGACAUGAUAAAAGCUCGCAUUGCAGAGGGACGUUUUGACGACAUACAAAGAAGAUACGUCGCGGCCGAUACUGCACCGAAAGAACGGAUUGAAUUGGAUGAGAACAAAAGCCAGAAAGGCCUUGGGGAGCUCUAUGAGGCCGAUUAUAUGCAGCAAACGGGAUCGGCUGUUGCUCCAGCCACCAGCAAUGAUGCCUUGAGAAGCGAGGCAACACUUCUGUUUAAAGCUCUUUGCAGCCGUCUAGAUGCACUCUCCCACUUCAACUUUGCUCCUAAGCCUGUCAUUGAGGACAUGGGGGUUCGUGCAGACGUACCUGCCCUCGCAAUGGAAGAGGUAGCACCUCUUGCAGUUUCAGAUGCAUCCAUGCUUGCACCAGAGGAAGUGUUUACGGGAGAAGAUGGCCUCAAAGCCGAGGCUGAGCUUACUCCCGAGGAGAGGAAGAGACGGAGAGCACAAAAGAAAAGAAAGCGCAAAGGUGAACGGAGGACACAAGAUCAACUUAGAGCUAGAAAGAGAGUCCGCCCUAGUGGGUCCACCCCUGCAGAUCCAAAGGCGACACCUGGUCUCAAAAUUGGCUAUUCUUCCUUUUCCAAAUCUACAAAGGUGUUCGCAGCUCUGGAUAGUGCUAAAGAUGGCAAAGGCAAAGUUGCUUCCAGAAAGGACGAGAAACAACUCCCUCGAGCCUCCAAUCUCAAGUUGUAAUAUUACAUUGAUACACAUUUUUGACUUUGAAAUGAUGAUCCCUGUGUACAAAGUGCAUUCUGUUUUCAAGCAGAGGUUGUUGGUGC